AUGGGGACGCAGGUGAGCGAUGCUGAUUACACGACCAGCUUGGAAGCCAGGGUCAAGGAAUUAGAAGCUGAGAAUGCAAAUCUUUUAGCUCGACUUGCUCAUUGUCACUGCUCUCCGGAAGAUCAGAUAUCACAUAGUCCCGAUUAUAAAGACGCGAAAGUGAACGAACCGAAAAAAUCCAACGGGGAAUCACAAAGGAAGAUAAGAAAUAAGCCAGGCUAUAACACAGGAUUUCUGAGUCAUCAUAGCAAGAGAUAUGUAGCUUUAAAAGUAAUGUACUUUGGAAAAAGGUUCUAUGGUUUUUCUGCAGAGGCACAAAUGGAACCAUCUGUUGAGUCUGAAAUUUUUAAAGCUCUUAAGACAACAAGGCUAUUGGUUGGUGAUAAGAAGGAGUCACAGUAUUCGAGAUGUGGUAGAACAGACAAAGGAGUUUCCUCUGUUGGACAAGUGAUAGCUCUUUUUCUUAGAUCAAAGCUCAAAAUAUCUGGAGUAAAUAAUGGAAGUUCUGGAGAAUAUGUUUUUGAAGAGAAACAUGAAGGGGAGCUUGAUUAUGUGAGGGUAAUAAAUCGAGAACUUCCAAAUGACAUUCGAGUCCUGGGCUGGUGUCCUGUUCCUGUUGAUUUCCAUGCAAGGUUCAGCUGUUUAAGCCGGGAGUAUAAAUAUUUCUUUUGGAACGAAAACUUGAAUAUCCUGGCUAUGAAGACUGCUGGAACAAAACUUUUAGGAGAACAUGACUUUAGAAACUUCUGUAAAAUGGAUGCAGCAAACGUGCACACCUACAUGCGGUGCAUCUCAAUGUUUGAGAUUUCUCCAACAGAUGUGAGUUAUGAUGGUAAUCAACUCUGGGUAAUUAAAUUCAGGGGUAGGGCUUUUCUAUGGCAUCAGGUUCGCUGCAUGGUUGCUGUUCUCUUCUUAGUUGGCCAAGGUCUUGAAUCUCCAGAUGUGAUUGACAUACUACUGGACACUAACAGGAUCCUCAGGAAACCUCAGUACGUUAUGGCUUCAGAAGCUCCUUUGGUUCUUCAAUCCUGUGAAUUUGAAAAUCUCAAGUUUAUGUGUUCACCAGAUUCGGGAAAGGCGCUGCGUGCACACCUGGUUAAUGAAUGCCAAAUUUACCAGCUUGAAACUGCAAUCUUUCGUGAAGCUAUUCUUAAUUGCGUGCCUCAACUGCACGAUCAAAUCUUGCCACCAAGUAAAGGAUCCAAGAAGAAAGGCUCCCAUAUUCCUCUUUUGUCCCGACCAACUGAGCCAUCUUACGAAGAACGGCGCGCCAAACUCAGCUCAUGCACAUGA